GCCAUUCAGUCAUAUAAUACCUAUCACUUGCACAAGUUAACAAUAAAAUUAUUAUUAAUUUCUACAAGAUAAGUUUCAAUAUCAACAGAAAAUGAUGAUAAUAUAUUGUAUUGUCAUUAAAUAAUUUUUUUUAAAAAUAUUUGAAAGACAGAUAGUGAAAGAAAAACAUUCUGUAACCUCCGUCAAAAAAGAACAAACAAAGAACAGAACAAUAUUAUUUGGAUAAAUAAAAAUUUGGAAGAAGGCCAGCUAAAAAAAACUUUUUGAAAAAUAUAAUUCUAUGUACUUGUGAAAGAAAAGUGAAAUUGUACAAAAAUAAAAAUGGGUGAUUUAAUGAAACCUUUUAUGAACAUGAAAAUUCAAAGUACCGAGUACAAAGUUUCGGAUGAGAUCAAACAAAAAUGCGAGGAGUUAAUAUUAACAGAUGAAAAAAUGAAAAAGCUCAUGGAGAAAUUUCUCCAUGAAAUUGAAAGAGGCUUAUCAAAGAAAACACACCCAGAAGCCGAUAUUAAAUGUUUCGUUACGUAUGUUCAAGAUCUCCCCAAUGGAACAGAACGAGGAAAGUUUCUUGCUUUGGAUUUAGGUGGAACCAACUUUCGAGUUUUAUUGAUUCACCUAAAAGGAGAACAUGAUUUUGAAAUGCAAUCAAAAAUUUACGCCAUACCUCAGAGUAUUAUGCUUGGAAGUGGACAACAAUUGUUUGAUCACAUAGCAGAAUGCUUAUCCAAUUUCAUGAAAGAACACGAAGUGUACAACGAACGUUUGCCAUUGGGUUUCACAUUUUCUUUUCCUCUUAGACAGUUGGGUCUCACAAAAGGAUUACUAGUUCGAUGGACAAAAGGAUUCAACUGUGAUGGUGUUGUAAAUGAAGAUGUAGUACAGUUAUUGAAAGAUGCAAUUGCACGGCGGGGUGAUGUAGAAAUAGCAGUGAUGGCAAUUUUAAAUGAUUCAACCGGGACAUUAAUGUCAUGUGCACAUAAGAAACAUAAUUGUAAAAUUGGUAUUAUUAUUGGAACUGGUAGCAAUGCAUGUUAUGUUGAAAGAGUUUCAAACGCCGAAAUGUUUGAUGGACCUUCGAAUGGGAAAGAACACGUUUUAAUAAACACUGAAUGGGGAGCGUUUGGAGACAACGGUGCAUUAGAUUUCAUCCGAACUCAAUAUGAUCGAGAGAUAGAUGAGCAUAGCAUUAAUCCAGGGAAACAAUUACAAGAAAAAAUGAUUUCUGGCAUGUACAUGGGAGAAUUGGCUCGCCUGGUUAUGGUACGCUUUACACAAGAAGGACUUCUUUUCGGUGGCCAAGGUUCUGAUGUUUUAUUCAAGAGAGGACAGUUCUUUACAAAAUACGUGUCAGAGAUAGAAACCGAUAAGCCCGGCCAAUAUAGUUAUUGUAUGGAUGUCUUAGAGGAAAUUGGAUUAGAACAUGCUACUCCACAGGACUGUGCAAAUGUAAGAUACAUUUGUGAACGUGUUUCAAGUCGUGCUGCUCAUUUAGUUUCAGCUGGAAUUGCCUCUUUAAUCAACAAAAUGGAUGAAAAGAGUGUUACAGUCGGAGUUGAUGGCUCAGUAUACCGCUUCCAUCCUAAAUUCCAUGAUUUGAUGGUUAAUAAAAUUCGUCAGUUUGUCAAGCCUGAUAUUCAAUUUGAUUUGAUGUUAUCAGAGGACGGAUCGGGUCGCGGUGCAGCUUUAGUUGCUGCCGUAGCAUGUCGGGAGGACCCCCGUUAAACAGUCACAACACAAAAAGCCUGUUACAAUUAUGCUAAUAAUCCUGUUAAUAUAUAUAUAUUUUUAUCAACGUUACAUAUUUAUAAAGUGAUUGAUUAAUGUUAGUGGCAUUCUCAAGUAUUCAAACUAGUUGAUUGAUCACAAAAAGAACUUUUUUUCAAUCUUCUUAUCAUUUUUUGGUUCUUAAAAAAACGAAUUCUGAUCAAAACGAAUUUCCUUUAUUUUGAUUUUAUUAUUUAUAAAUUAUGUAUACAAAUUGCAAUGAAAUAAAGUACACACUCUAUUA